CAGCAGUCGACGUGACCUGUUGUCAUUCUGUUUUGACGAUUCGAAGAAUUAAAUAGCAUUUUAAUAACUUCUCCUGAUUUCAACCAUGAGCAAAUUCACCAUGUAUAUUUUAGUUUUUAUAUUAAUCACAGGAUCAGAAUUGAAUAUCUUUGCACGUGCAGCAUUAUGCAAUCCAAUGAUUGGUCCUUGUUCAGAAGGUAGUUGUAUGCCAUGUGAUUUGGAAAAAAAGCAAUCAGUUAAUAAAAAUGACUGCAUGAACCCAAAUGGAUGCCCGGAAGUCACCAAAGUAAAACUAGAACCACCGGUCCCGGAUUAUUUAGUAAAACCAUCAAUAAUCCUAAGUAAUCCGGUCACUAGGUGUUUAUUAUGUUUCUGGAAUAUUACUCCAUUUUAUUGGAAUAUGGUAGGGGAACCUGCAAAAGAAGAAUAAUGAAGAUAUAUUGUUGACGUAACUAUCCAAAAAAACAAAAUCUAUUUUAUUUAUUUGUCUUUUGUUUCUUAUUAAUGGGAUAAAAGUUAAAAGUUGUAAUUUAUGAUUCAGUAUAAUUAAAACCCAUUGUAUUUUAAUUGUUACUCAACUUUCAGUUUAAAAUUUGACACACGUAAUAUUAAAUUUUCAAAUAUUGUGUAUUUCUAUUUUUUUUUCUAACAAUUAGGUACGAUCAUAUUUUAUCGAAAUG